AUAUUUGAUCCUAGAGGUGAUAACCCCUGGAAAUUAUUUGAGUAGGGAACUAAUAUGGUCAAAUUUAUGCUUUAGGAAGAUUAAUUGAUAGUCCCGUGGAAGAUGCAUUGUAAUGGGAGAGACUUUUCAGGGAGACCAACCAGCAAAGUUAUUGAGACAGUUUAAGUCUGAUGUGAUAAGGAUCUGUACUAUAAUAGCCUUCAUAUCAGAGAAAUGUUAGGAGGGUAGCAAUGAUAGGAAUUAACAAUUCACUGGAAAUGGGGAAUAUAUGAGAGUGAGAGGUUGAGGAUGACACCUAAGAUAUAAGUCUGUAUGACUUUAAAGAUACACUUGACAGUAGUAAGGAAGGUAGUGAGAAAGGAGAGCUUAGGGAGAAAAGUUAAAUUUAAAAUAUCUAAAAGGGAGCUGAAGGUGCAGGACUGAAGGUCAGGAGAGAAGUUAGGGCUGGACAAGUAGAUCUGAGAUAAUAAUUGAAACCAUGGGAGCUUAUGAGAUCACUAAGUGAAAAACUGUAAAGGAAGAAGAGAAAUUGGCUCCAGACAGAGCUUUGGGGACCCCCACUCUUAGUGGGUGUGAUGUGGAUGAAUGUCCAGAAAGGGAGAAAAUUAUGGAGCCAUCAUACAGGAUACUUAUGGAAUAAUAGUUCAAGGAGACCUACAAUGGAAAAGUCAUGGAUGUUGUGGACCUUUGUUGAAAGAUGGCUAUUAGCCUUAGCUUCAUGGUCUUGGGCUCUCUGCCGUAUUUCUCUUUUACCUUUAAUAGUGACUUUCCAUCUGUAUGGAGGCAUCACCUUACUUGUGUUAAUAUUUGUAUCGAUAGCAGGUAUUCUAUAUAAAUUCCAGGAUGUAUUGCUUUAUUUUCCAGAACAACCAUCAUCAUCCCGCCUUUAUGUCCCUAUGCCCACUGGCAUUCCACAUGAAAACAUUUUCAUCAGAACCAAAGAUGGAGUGCUUCUCAAUCUUAUUUUACUGAGAUACACUGGAGAUGAUUCAACAUAUUCCCCAACUAUCAUUUAUUUUCAUGGAAAUGCAGGCAAUAUUGGUCACAGGUUGCCAAAUGCUUUGCUUAUGCUGGUUAACCUGAAAGUUAACCUUUUACUUGUUGAUUAUAGAGGCUAUGGAAAGAGUGAAGGUGAAGCAAGUGAAGAAGGACUCUACUUAGACUCUGAAGCAGUACUGGACUAUAUGAUGACCAGACCUGACCUUGAUAAAACAAAAAUUUUCCUAUUUGGCCGUUCCUUGGGGGGAGCAGUAGCUAUUCACUUAGCUUCUGAAAAUUCCCAUAGGAUUUCAGCCAUCAUGGUAGAGAACACAUUUCUAAGCAUACCACAUAUGGCUACUACUUUAUUUUCUUUCUUUCCAAUGCGAUAUCUUCCUUUGUGGUGCUACAAAAAUAAAUUCCUGUCCUACAGAAAAAUCUCUCAGUGCAGAAUGCCUUCUCUUUUCAUCUCUGGGCUCUCAGACCAGUUAAUUCCACCAGUAAUGAUGAAGCAGCUUUAUGAACUUUCCCCAUCUCGGACUAAAAGAUUAGCUAUUUUUCCUGAUGGAACUCAUAAUGAUACAUGGCAGUGCCAGGGUUAUUUCACUGCACUUGAACAGUUCAUCAAAGAAGUUAUAAAAAGUCACUCCCCUGAAGAAAUGGCAAAGACUUCAUCCAAUGUCAUGAAUGGAGACUACUAAUAAGGAUUCAGCGACUCGUUAUUUUUGGCAUCAUUUAUGAAAUUUUGAAAAAAAAUGCAAAUAAUGCUUUCAGAUUAUCCAGUUAAAUUGAGCUAUCUUCCUUCAUAUCACUCAGGUAAAGUUACAAAAUGACAUAGCACAAACAUCUAUUUAUAAAUCUCCCAAUUGAAAGGAUAGUCGGUGAAAUGCACUUCUGUUUGUUUAUAUAUAAUAUAUGCACAUCAGCAUCUCUUGGCUAAUCAAAAGUGUCAUACAUUAAUUCAUAUGGUGAAAUUAAUGCAAACUGUCAUCUUACCCAUAAAUCGAUCCAUCUUAGCCAAGUGACACAAAUAUACCUCCAUUUAUAUUUCAUAUUUUUAGAACUAUGUAUACUUUAAAAUAGGAUUGUGUACAAGAGACACUUUACAAAAGUGCCAUAUAUAAAUACCCAUUUAACAAAGAAGAGUGGUAUGUGGUGUUGAAAAUUAAUUUAAUGCUAGCAGAAUUCCCAUCAGUACAGUGUAUACUGAAAAUUAAAUUCUCUACGUAAAAUAAAUUCAGGUUGUUAAAAAAAAAAGAUUCUGAAGUCAUAAUGUAAGUCAUAUAUUUUUUCAUUUCCUUGCCAUUCUUAUUUCAAAUAGUGGUGUAAUGCAUUUUAUAAAUUAAACUUAAACAUUGCAGUAUAUUUAUGUGCUAACCAUGGCAGUCUUAAACAUUUACAUUUUGAUUUUUUACAACAAAUUUAUUUUAAAGAACACUUUCUAUUUUUCUGUACUGACAUAUGCAAUAAAUUGAUACAUUAAAAGUUUGAGUAAUGUCUAAAAAAA